CCUGAGUGGACUCUGAGUGCCGCUGUUGAUACACCAAUGAAUAAAUGUCUGAAUAAAGAUUGCAGCAGUCCACCUCCUGUUCCGACUCUGUUUCACUGCUUUGAGAGGCGUCACACGGACAAGUCAGAUUUUUAUCGUCGGAUCUCUACUGGAUAUUUCUCCCUGAAAACAUCGGCUGUUUUGACAUUUUGGAUUAACUUCACAAGGUUGAACGCUGAAAGGAUUGGUGCUUGUGCGCAUUUGGAUUCGUGAUGCUUUCUUUGUGGAUGCGCGCUGCCGUGGGCCGCCAGCAAGCGCUGGUUGUCAUUCUUUGUCUUUUAAAGAUGGGCUCGGUAGCGGCCCAGGCUCGGUAUUCCAUACCGGAGGAACAAUCAGAGGGGUCUUUUGUCGGAAACAUUGCGAGGGAUUUAGGGUUGGAUUUGCAGAGGCUUUUGUCAGGCAAUGCUCGUAUUAUCACAAAAGAUAGCAAGCAGUAUGUGGAUUUAAACCGAGACAAAGGCAUCCUUGUUAUUAAAGAGCGAAUCGACCGAGAAGAACUGUGCGGAAAGACGACGCCCUGUAGCUUCAGCUUCGAGGUAAUUUUAGAAAAUCCCAUUCAGCUUUACCGGGUUACAGUGGAGGUGAUAGAUGUUAAUGAUAACAGCCCAUCCUUUCAGAAAGAUGAAAUAAACCUAAAAAUUGUUGAAAGUGUUGCACCCGGGACUCGUUUCUCUCUAGUGAGCGCAGAGGACCCUGAUGUGGGAAUAAAUGACAUUCAGAAAUACCUUUUGAAACCUUUAGAUCAUUUUAAAUUGGAAGUUCAAAACCAGCCAGAUGGAGGCACGUUCAUUGAAAUAGUUUUACAAAACACGCUGGAUCGAGAGAAGGAAGAGACGCACACCCUUGUGCUUAUUGCCUCUGACGGUGGCGAGCCACGCAGAUCAGGCACAGUGCGCAUCCACAUUAAUGUGCUGGACGCUAAUGACAAUGCGCCGGUGUGCAGUCAGUCGGUGUAUAAAGCUGAGGUGAGGGAGAACUCUCCUGAAGGAACAGUGGUCACAACAGUCGGCGCAGACGACCUAGACAAAGGACUUUAUGGCGAGGUGACGUUCUCCAUCCCUCAUGUAGGAAAGGAGGCGAAGCAGCUCUUUGAUGUAAAUAUUAAAACAGGUGAAAUUAAGGUUGCAGGAAAGGUGGACUUUGAAAAGUCUAAAACAUAUCAGCUAAACGUCCAGGCAAGUGACCACGGUGGAUAUUCAGAUACGUGCAAAGUUAUUAUUCAAGUAAUUGAUGAAAAUGACAAUGCACCUACAAUACAGCUCAUGUCAUUUUCAAAUUUGAUUUCGGAGGACUCCCCCCCAGGCACGACCAUAGCAGUUGUUAACGUGGAUGAUGAAGACUCUGAAAGAAACGGUCUUGUCAGGUGCUCCAUCAACUCUGAUGUACCUUUUAAAAUCGAGUCCUCUUUAACUGGAUAUUACACUAUAGUGACCGAAAACAUCUUAGACAGAGAGACUUUCCCUGAGUAUAAUAUCACUAUAACCGUGUCUGACCAAGGUUCCCCGCCUCUUUCAAAUAGCAAAAAUAUAAAUGUAAAAAUUUCUGACGUGAAUGAUAACCCACCUCAAUUUGGUCGAUCAGAAUACACAGUGAGCAUACCAGAAAACAAUUCCCCUGGAUUUUCUGUGUUUGCAGUCAGUGCCACUGAUGCAGAUUGGGGUCAAAAUGCCCGGCUGUCUUAUUUUUUAGAGGACAAACAGAUCAAUGGGGUAGCUAUUAUGUCGUUACUAUCGGUGAAUUCAGAUAGUGGUGUCAUACAUGCUCUGAAAUCUUUGGAUUAUGAGCAGAUCAAGUGGUUUGACUUUAACAUAACUGCUCGCGAUGCUGGAUCACCUCCUCUGAGUUCAGUUGCUACAGUAAAAAUUAUAGUUCAGGACCAGAACGAUAACCCUCCUCAGGUUCUGUACCCGGUCCAGACUGGUGGCUCUUUGGUAGCUGAAAUGGUGCCUCGUUCAGCAGAUGUGGGCUACCUGGUGACUAAAGUGGUGGCUGUAGAUGUGGACUCUGGACAGAACGCCUGGCUCUCCUAUAAACUGCAGAAAGCCACAGACAGGGCGCUGUUUGAAGUGGGCUCACAGAAUGGAGAAAUAAGAACAAUCCGUCAGGUGACUGAUAAAGAUGCUGUGAAACAGAGACUGACUGUGAUAGUGGAGGACAACGGGCAGCCCUCUCGUUCAGCUACAGUCAUUGUUAACGUGGCGGUGGCGGACAGCUUCCCUGAAGUGCUCUCCGAGUUCACUGACUUUCCUCACGAUAAGGAGUACAAUGACAACCUGACUUUUUACUUGGUCUUGGCUCUGGCUGUGGUCUCCUUCCUCUUCAUCACGUGUUUAGUGGUUAUUAUAUCAGUCAAGAUCUACAGAUGGAGACAGUCUCGCAUCCUGUAUCACUCCAACCUCCCUGUGAUUCCAUAUUAUCCUCCACGUUACUCAGACACUUUGGGAACAGGGACUCUGCCACACGUGUACAACUACGAGGUGUGCAGGACCACUGACUCCAGAAAGAGUGACAAUAAGUUUGGAGGAGCUGGUGGUCAGAACGUGUUGAUAAUGGACCCCAGUUCUACAGGAACCAUGCAGCGGAUACAGAGUGAGAAGAGCAUCCUGGAUGAACCUGACUCUCCUCUAGAGGUUAGUUAACCUGAACCAAUGAUUCACUGCUGCUUUUGAGCCUUUUUUUGUUCAUAUCUAUUUUUUAAAGUAUAUUUCAUGUUCAUCCAGUGAAUAUAAUUAUUGUAAAUAAGAAAUUAUUAAUGUUGGUUUAAUAAUAGGUGGUGUUAAUAUUUAUUCUACUUCCUAUACAUUGUCUAAUAAUGUAACAAUAUUGAAUGGUACUGUCUUAACCACUUAAUUUAUUUUAUGAUAUAUUUCCAAACUGCCAUUGCUUCAAGAAUACAAACCUUGGAAAACAUGUAUUGAAUACUGAUUUUGUGUCUGCAUCUCUUGCUUAUAAGAAAAUGUAUUACACCGUAAAAAAAAAAAAAA